AUGGGUAGGACAGGAUUUCAAGGAAAGCAACACCCAUUUGCCAGCAUGAAGGUUUCGGCGUUUUUCUCCGCCUUCUGUGGCGUCGGGCUCCUCCUAGCUCUCAAUGCUGCCAGCGUGGAGUGUGCUCGGCACACGUCGUACACGCCGCAAACCUUGUUCGUGUUCGGGGAUUCGUUCGCCGACACUGGGAACCUUCCGCCAACGAAGGGCAACUUUGAGAUGUCGCGCCAAUGGAAGGCUCCCUAUGGCAUGUCAAACAGAGUCGACGGAUCGGGUCGGCGGCAACAACAUGCAACCGGCCGCUUCUCCAACUUCAUGGUUCAAUCCGAUUUCAUCGCGAAGAUGCUGGGUCUUCCCCAGUCCCCUCCGACAUACCUUAGCACGCCAGAUCUCCACUGCGACCCGUCGGGCAUGAACUUUGCCUUUUAUGGCGCCGGCAUGUUCCGCUUUCCCGGAGAGAUGAUGAUGAUGAGCGUUAGCGAGCAGGUCGACGUAUUCGAGAGCAUGAUCAAAGCCGGAACUAUCUCGCAUAACCACGUAACUCACUCUGUCGCACUCCUCGCCGUCUCUGGCACCGACUACAACCGCUUCAACGUCAGCGGCUUCAGCUCCGCGACCGAUUGCGUCGAGAAAGAGACGACCGAGAUCGUUGCGAUCACCCAGCGGCUGCAAAACCUUGGAGUGAAGAAGAUUCUGGUGAACAAUCUGCAGCCUCUAGGCUGCACUCCAUUCUGGUGCAGGCCGACCCUCUACCACGAGUGCGACGAGUUUGGCAAUGUCAUUGCGCUCGUGCACAAUAAAAAGCUGAAACAUAAGCUGUCAAGGAACAAAGGUAUCUUCAUAGUCGAUAUGUACACCGCCUUCAACAACAUCAUCGCUGACCAUGGUUCGAAGUCGUACAAGCAGUUUGAGGCGGGGCGGAAGCCGUGCUGCGAGGGCUAUGGUCCUAGGGUCUACUGUGGAGAGCAGCAUCCUCACACGGACUAUCUUUUCUAUCUGUGCAAGGACCCAAGCAAACGUUUCUUCUGGGACGAUACUCAUCCCACACAUGCCGGCUGGGAGGCCGUUAUGAAGCAGCUUGAACCAUCAAAGAGUUCUUAG